CACAGCCGUCCGUCAUCUUUUGCUUCCGUUUGCCGACAUAGUGCGACUUAUAAAUAUCACUUGGCGCCUAUUUCUAACCGGCUUUCAUUGUAUUUUUUUGUUAGGGAAUUUGUUUGUUCAGUAAAAAUUGUAAUUUUGAACUAUUAAUUUACAAAUAUGUCCUCAAACGGCAUAACCACUGCCGAAGAGGCUGAUAUGGCCGAAUCUGGAGGCGAAAAAGUGGUAACAAUGAUGGACGUAUUACAAGAACAAGAAGAGUUCGAAGAAGAUGCGAAUGCCGUUCUAGGUGCUUCUGACGAGAAAAAUUGCACAUAUCCUAAGGGAUAUAUCAAACGUCAAGCGAUUUAUGCUUGUUUGACAUGCUGUGAAGAUGCCAAAACUGAUCCAACAAAGAGAGCUGGAGUAUGUCUCGCUUGCAGCCUAAUGUGUCAUGAGAACCAUGAGCUCAUUGAGUUAUAUACCAAACGUAACUUCUGCUGUGACUGUGGUAAUUCUAAAUUCAAUUCAAACCCAUGUCAAUUCACACCGAACAAAACAGAUUUGAAUGAAAACAAUAAUUACAAUCAGAAUUUUAGUGGGCUUUAUUGCAUUUGUCACCGACCUUACCCUGAUCCUGAAGCCACAUUUGAAGAUGAGAUGAUCCAGUGCAUCAUUUGUGAAGAUUGGCUUCAUGCGGCACAUCUCGAAGCAACAGUUCCAGCAAAUGAGCAUUACUCUGAAAUGAUAUGCAAAGCAUGCAUGGAAAAGAAUGAAUUUUUACAUGACUACAGCAACUUUGCUGUUAACACUGAAUAUGGUGAUAUUGACAUAUUAACAACCAAUGAUACUAGCAUGAUUAGUGAUACAAUCUCCAAUGGAAAUUUAGAUAGCAACAAAACCAUAAAUGGGUUAGAGGAUGUGGAUAUGAUAGAUAGCAAACCUGAUAAUACAAAUAAAAAUUCUGAGAGCAAUUUUAAUAACAUAGAAGGAAAUAUUGAUAAAAAACCAGAAGAUCCCACAGACAGUGUAAUAAACUCUGAAUUGAAUAAGAAUGAAAUUGAAAAUGAUAAUUGUAUUGAAGAAAAUAAUAUGCCAGUGAAUAACAAAAAUAUUGAACACAAUCCUCAAUCUGCAGAUACUACUGUAGAGGGCACUGAAGUAGAUUCUAGUACAAUUGUACCCGAAGUAGUAAAUGCUGAAGAAAAUAUUACUAAUACAGAAAACCAACCAUCUGUGGAUAAUAUGGACAAAGAUGAUCAAAUUAAUGAAAUCAAUGAUGGACAAAAUGAAGCUUUUACAAAAUCAGAGCAUUCUAGUUCGGAUUUAAAAAAUAUUAAUGAAGUAAAUAUUGAUAAUACAAAACAAGAAAAAUUAGAGGAUAGUGUUGAUCACAUGGAGUCUACUAUUGACGGUAAUCUUUCUGAAAUUGAUAAAAAUGACGGCAAAUUAAAAGUAAAUGAACUUACUUUACCAAAACAAAAUCUAAAUUUGGAUAAUCCAACACAUGAAUCAGUUGAAAACACAAUUUCAGAAACAAGUAAUGGAACUAGUGAACUUCCUGAAAAUAACACUGAAAAUGUAGAAUCAACUUCAGAAAAUAUUAUGCAACAAGAUGAAUCUAAUUUAAUAGAUAGUGAAAAAGAAAAUAACAGUAAAACGGAAGAUACAAAUAACUCAGAGACUGACACAACCCCUAUAAUUGAAAAUACAUCAACUGUAACAGAAAAAGUAAGCAAUGAAGAAUCUGUGAUAUCUGAAACGACUAGUGAAAUGAAAAAAGAUGAUGUAGAUACCACAGAUAAUAAUAUUACUGUACCGGAAACUACAAAUGUAGUAGAAUUGAAAGAAUCUGAUGAAAUAAAUAACAUGACAGAAAAAGCAAAUGAUGAGACUGAUACAUCAGAAAUAAGUACUGACAUGAAAAAAGACGAUACAAAUACGAAUAUUACAGUUUCAGAAAGCACAAAUAUACAACUAAACGAAUCUAAUGAAGUUAACGAUGUUGACAUGAUAGAUACAACAAGUGAAAAUUCUACUUUGAAUACAGACAAUGAAAUUAAUAAAGUUAUAGCUACAAGUGAAGCUAAAACUGACCAAAAUACAAAUAAAAUUAAUGAUAUUGACUCUACAGUUAAUAGUACUACAAAUGAAGCUGCUGUGAUAGAAGAUGAUGACAAGACAAAUGAAAAUAAAAGAAAGCUGUCAGAAGACACUUUACUAAAAGCCUCUGCGAAAAAGCCGAAAUUGGAAGAAACAAAAUCGUGUGUGAGGCCUCAAGGAGUAAAAAAGUUAUACAAAGGAGCCACAUUUUGGCCAUCUAGUUUCCGACAAAAUUUAUGUACUUGUAAUGAAUGCAUUUCAAUGUACAAAGAUCUGUCUGUUCUCUUUUUAAUCGACCCUGAGGACACUGUGACGGCUUACGAAACUUUGGGUAAGGAGCGGAAUGAAGGUAAUUCAGUUUCGCAAUACGAAAAAGGCUUACAAGCACUAUCAUCGUUAGACAGGAUACAGCAAAUAAAUGCCUUGACUGAAUAUAAUAAAAUGAGAGAUAAACUGUUAGAUUUCUUGAAAAGUUUCAAAGACAGGAAGGAAGUCGUGAAGGAGGAUGAUAUUAAAGCAUUUUUUGCAGGAAUUAAAGCCAAACGAGAACCCGACGGUGUUUACUUCUGUAGGUAAACUGUCGAUAGAUUUAAGAACUUGUAUUUUUAUAUCCAAUAAUUUUAACUGCAUUUCCCUGUCUUUAGUUAUGCGUAAUUAAUUUUCUUUUUCGUGUCCCGAUGUCAUAAUACAUGCAUUUUUCAACCUA